AUGCCUCCCAAAAAGGGUAUUGUUCGCUCGGGGAACGCCGGCAAUUCGAGCAAGUCCAGUGCUUCUAAACCUAGAAAUAACGACUGGAAGAAGGCCGCGGACGUCUACUCCGUCGAGCCGCCAAAGGACCCGCCCAAGCUCUUUCCAGACGGGUACAAGUUCCCUUUGAGUCUCCUCCAAGAACGCUGUCAGAAGAACGGAUGGUUAAAACCAAACGUCACCACGCGCCAAGUCGGCGAUGGCCAGUUCGCAUUCGCGAUUACGCUUAGCAGGCUGGUGCAGAAGAGUACGGGGCAGGAGACGGAGAGUGUACGGAUGGAGCCGCAUCCGCCGUACAUCUGUCCGUCCGCGAUCGAGGCGAGGCAUUGGGGCGCUACAUAUGCUCUGUAUCGCUUCUGCAAUGGAAUCCGUCUCGAUCGCGUCCUCCCCCCAGCUCCGCGCGACUACUGGCGCCUGCUUGAAGUAGAGCACAAAGCGGCACCGGACCACCAGCAAUGGAUGUACGCUGCCGACCCCUUUGCUGCGCGACAAGAAGUCAACAAUCGUCAAGACAAAGCCGCGCAAAAGAAAGAGGAUGUGAAGAGCGGUAAGGCGGCGGAGCAGGCCGCCGCGAAGGAGUUUGCGGACGAGUUGGAGGUGAAGAUGGCUGGAGAGCUGAGGGACGUGGUAGAAGGUGCUAUUCAACAGGAAAUAGCCAACCAUCCCGAAUCUGAACCCGACGAAUCCCUCACGCUCUCAGAAUCCCAAGCACCGGACCUCACCAAACAACUCGUCACUCUUGGCUUCACGAACCCCCAAACACGCAAAGCUAUUACCUAUCUAUCAACACCCUCGUCCUUUGCUGCGCAGCUCUUACGCUUCAGCACACCCCUCAGCGCUCUAAUAGAGUACCUCGUCCUGCACGUCCCCGAGUGCGAUCUCCCACCGCGGUUCUUGCCGAGCAACAACUCGAGCAAUCCCUUCGUUAUGGGUGCGCAUGGGAGGAAAGACGACAUCGCGUUGAGAUGGAUCGAGGAUCGAGCUGUGAAGCUUGCUGGGUGGCCGGCGCAUGCUGUCAAAGAAGCUAUGGUCCUACCUCAUCUGCAAUCCGACUGGGCUGCGCUCAACUAUGCUCUGAAUCGUCGGCUCGUAGGCAAUACGGAUUGGAGUGAACCGUCAGAAGAUGCGGAAGCAGAUGAGGAGGACAAGAUCACGGACGAGGAUAUUGAGGCUAUGGGCGCUACAUGGGACGAGGACGGCGAGCGCGUACUGAGCAUGGCGCUCUUCUCUGCUCCUUUGACGCUACACUUCGUACUUCCCCCGUCAGGGGUGUACGACCGCCAAUCACGUCCUCCGCCGAUGUACAUCACCUCUCCCUCCGCACCUGCAUAUGUGCGGCUACAUCUCCUGGCGUGUGUGCUCAGAGCGUUCGAGGAUGGGAGCAUCAAAGAGGCUGGACAUGGCAUUCUUCUUGGAGCUAUGCAGGUCGUGGACGAGCAGUGGGCCGUAAUCGAAGACGAAGGACCGCCGGAUAUCGCGGACGUGCUCAAGCACUUGAUGCCGCAGAAGGAGCUCGAAGAGGACGAUGGGCCGGCUGAAGUAGCAGGCCAACCACGACGCGCGACGAAGAAGACUGGCAGGAGGAGAGUGGAUCAGCGCUCGGACGCGCAGGUUCGGGAGGAGUUCGAGAAGCUGAAGCUCACGGCGGGGUAUAAGAAGAUGCUCGCUACGCGCGAACGCCUGCCCGCGUUCAAGUCUCGCGAAGAGUUCCUGGAGAUGCUGGAGAAGUCGCGUGUGGUGGUCGUAGUGGGCGAGACGGGUUCAGGCAAGACUACCCAGCUCCCCCAGUUCGUACUGGAUGCAUUGAUAUCCACCAACGCCGGCAAAUCCGCGAACAUCCUCAUCACCCAACCCCGUCGUAUAUCCGCCAUAUCCGUCGCCGCGCGCGUCUCCGCCGAGCGCUGCGACGACGGCUCCGUAGGCUACUCCAUCCGAGGCGAAUCCAAAUCCUCGGAGAAGACCAAACUCUUAUUCUGUACGACCGGAGUCGUCCUGCGCAGAAUGAGUGGAGGGGAUAAUUUGGACGACGUGACACAUGUGAUCGUGGACGAGGUGCACGAACGAUCCGUCGAUGGCGAUUUCUUACUUUUGGAGUUGAAAGAGCUGCUGAGGACGCACAAGAAGCUGAAGGUCAUACUCAUGUCCGCGACGAUCAAUCACGAGACGUUUAUACGGUACUUCGACGGCGCGCCGUUGUUGAGUAUCCCUGGGUUCACGCAUCCCGUCAAGGAUGUCUAUCUGGAGGAUGUGUGGAGCGAGUUGAAGUAUACGCCUCAGGCGCAGGGGAGGGGUGGUGGAAGAGGCGGCGGAAAUAGCGGGAAGAGGGGAUUGAAGGAGGAAGACAAUGAUGGGCUGGUUGGUGUUGAUGAGCGGACGGCGUCGGCGCUCAAAGCUCUCGACCGGGCCGAGAGGCUCGACUAUGGACUUGUCACGUCGGUCGUAGACCAUAUCAUGCGCAAAGCCCAGUCUGGCAAGGGCGGCAUCUUGAUCUUCCUGCCCGGUGUUCAAGAGAUCCGACAAUGCAUCGACGCGCUCAAGAACAGUCUCUCGCCCACAGGCGUCACCAUCUUCCCUCUACACGCGAACCUCUCUAGCGACGAGCAGCGCGCCGUCUUCGGUUCUGUACCAGGAUGGAAAGUCGUGGUGGCCACCAACGUCGCGGAGACGUCUAUCACGAUCGACGAUAUCGUAUACGUCGUCGACGCGGGAAAAGUCAAGGAGACCCAGUUCGACGCGUCGUCCGGUCUCUCGAAGCUCGUCGAGGACUGGGUGACACGCGCCGCGGCACGCCAACGGCGCGGUCGUGCUGGACGCACGCAACCCGGAACAUGUUACAAACUUUACACGCGCGCUCGGGACAAGAAAAUGCACCCGUUCCCGAAGCCGGAGAUACAGCGUGUCCCGCUCGAGAGUCUGGCUUUACAUGUCAAGGCUACAAAGGAAGGCGAGGACGUGAAGAAGUUUCUUGGCAAAGCUGUUGAUCCGCCGAAGGUGGAGGCCAUGGAUAAGGCGUUGGAGGUGCUGCAGGAACUUGGAGCGUUGGAUGGGAAGGGGAAGUUGACGGCUUUGGGAAGGCAUUUAGCUGUACUACCUCUGGACCUCCGCCUCGGCAAGAUGCUCAUCCUAGCGACCACAUUCCAAUGCGUGGAUCCGAUCCUGACCAUCGCCGCCAUCCUCUCUUGCAAACCCAUCUUCCUGAACCCAAUGGAUAGGCGCGACGAGGCCAACUCGGCGCGCGCAUCAUUCGCAACGGAGAAGAGCGACUUGUUGACCGACAUGCACGCGUACGACGAGGUUACGAAGUUACGUAAAGAAGGACGGGGCAAUCGCGAAGUCAGGCAGUACUGCGAGGACAGCUUUAUAUCGCAGUCGACGGUGCACGACGUCGGCGUACUGCGCGGAGAACUCUACGCGGCAUUGAUGUCCAUCGGCCUGGUUCCUGCAUCCUCCAAGCCCACCGAAGCGACGUUGAACACGCACUCUUCGUCUAUGCCACUCCUCAAAGCCAUACUACUCGGCGCUUUCUACCCCCGUGUAUCUCGCGUCUCUCUCCCACGCGGUGCUCUCAAGUUCGAUCAAACGGCGCACGGCGCCAUCCAACGCGAGAACACCGCGAAGGAAUACAAAGUGCUUGACAUGCGCCGCGAGCGCGUGUGGAUACAUCCCGCCUCCAUCCUAUUCGGCGAGUCGCAGUGGAAGAGCGGGUUAGUGGUGUCGUUCUUGAGGGUCGCAACAGGCAAACUGUAUCUGAGGGACGUGACGGAGGUGCCGCUUUAUGCGCUGUUGCUGUUCGGGGGAGAUAUCCAGAUCAAUCAUAUCGGAGGCGGGUUGAGAAUUGGGGGAAGGGAGGGCGAGAUCAAGCUCAAGGCGUGGCCGAGGAUAGGAAUUCUGGUGCAGCAGUUGCGGCGUUUAUUGGAUGCUCAGCUUAUGCGCACGGUUGAGUCGGGAAGUAUACUGGAUGUGGGCAAGAACAACCCGGUCAUCAAGGCCAUGCUCGCUCUCCUCGCCAAUGACGGGCUCUCGCCACAGAACUUAUAG